CUGUAUUUUUACCCAAGUCCUCCUUCCCUCCAUCCUAAACUCAGCAAACAAAAUCUUAGGAGCAAAUCAUACAAGUACUAUACCAUAAGACUACCAAAAUUAUCUGUUAAACACACACGUCACAUCCAUUGGGUAAUCAAGGGUGCAAAUGACAUUAGUACUGUGCAACUUGUAUAUUUUCACUACCUAGUACACACUGUUUCAAUUCCUUACUUCAUUCACUCAAAUAUACUUGCCAUUUAAAAGAAAAACCACUCAAAAAAAAAAUAAAAAAUCCCUUCCUAACACUCUUCCUUUAUCCAUGGCCACCACAACAACAGAACAAGACACCUCAAGUGCUUUACACAUGCACGACACUGCAACCGACGACGCAACUGAGGACAGUGAGCCGGAGAACUACCUAGACGACGAAGAUGAUGACGAGGAAGAAGAGCAGCAACCGGUGAAUUAUAGAAGGUCAAUAUCUUCAACAAGUAUCAGUGGAGCUGUGGACCCAAGAGCAAAGUGGGUGCAAGAAUGGAAUAGAGUUUUCUUGCUAGUAUGUGCAGCAGGGUUGUUUGUGGAUCCACUUUUCUUCUAUGCUCUUUCCAUCAGUGAUUCAUGUAUGUGUCUUUUCAUCGAUGGAUGGUUCGCAGUCACUGUAACGGUGCUCCGUUGCAUGACUGAUGCUUUGCACUUUUGGAAUAUUUUCCUCCGCUUCAAGACGGCGAAACGCAGCUCACUUACAUUUGCCAGCCAUUCGGCCACCGCGGAUGGCCGCCGCUUGGUCGCUCUUGCUUAUCUUAAGUCCCGCCGUGGCUUCUUCUUUGACCUCUUUGUUAUUCUUCCUAUACCUCAGAUUGUGCUUUGGGUGGCUAUUCCUUCUUUGUUGGAGCAAGGUUCAGUUACAUUGGUGAUGACAAUAUUUUUAAUUGUAUUUCUGUUCCAAUAUCUUCCCAAAAUUUAUCACUCAGUAUGCCAUUUGCGACGGACACAAAACCUAUCUGGCUACAUUUUUGGAACUGUUUGGUGGGGUAUUGCCCUUAACAUGAUUGCGUAUUUUGUUGCUUCCCAUGCUGCAGGGGCAUGUUGGUACUUAUUGGGGAUCCAAAGAGCAUCCAAAUGUCUGAAAGAGCAAUGUUAUAAAACAAAUGGUUGUGGCAUGAAUCUCCUUUCUUGUCAUAAGCCAAUGUAUUAUGGAAGUACAAGUUUGUUGAACAAAGAUAUGGCAAGAAUGGCAUGGGCAGGGAAUAGGGAAGCAAGGUCUACAUGCUUAAAUAGUCCUGAUAGCUUCAAUUAUGGAGCUUAUAAAUGGACUGUUCAACUUUUCACUAAUGAGAACCGAUUAGAAAAAGUACUUUUCCCAAUCUUCUGGGGCUUAAUGACUCUAAGCACUUUUGGAAACCUCGAGAGCACAACGGAUUGGCUAGAAGUAGUUUUCAACAUCAUAAUCUUGACUAGUGGACUUCUUCUAGUCACUAUGUUGAUCGGAAACAUCAAGGUAUUUUUGCAUGCAACAACAUCGAAGAAGCAAGUGAUGCAAUUGAGGAUAAGAAAUGUUGAAUGGUGGAUGAGGAAAAAGCAUUUACCACAGGGGUUUCGACAACGUGUGCGUAACUACGAAAGACAACGUUGGGCUGCUAUGCGUGGGGUUGAUGAAUGUGAAAUGACCAAAAAUCUUCCUGAAGGUUUAAGAAGAGACAUUAAAUACCAUCUUUGUUUAGAUUUGGUGAGACAGGUGCCAUUGUUUCAACAUAUGGAUGAGCUGGUUCUAGAGAACAUAUGUGACCGAGUGAAAUCUCUAAUAUUCACUAAGGGAGAAACGAUAGCAAGAGAAGGAGACCCAGUUCAAAGAAUGUUAUUUGUAGUGAGGGGUCAUCUUCAAAGCAGCCAAGUAUUAAGAGACGGAUUGAAAAGUUGCUGCAUGUUAGGACCAGGAAAUUUCAGUGGUGACGAGCUCCUUUCAUGGUGUUUGAGAAGACCUUUCAUAGAGCGUCUUCCACUAUCAACAUCAACACUUGUCACACUUGAAACAACAGAGGCUUUUGGUCUUGAAGCUGAGGAUGUGAAGUAUGUCACACAACAUUUCAGGUACACGUUUGUGAAGGAAAAGGUGAAGAGAAGUGCUAGGUAUUACUCACCAGGGUGGAGAACUUGGGGUGCUGUGGCCAUACAAUUGGCAUGGAGAAGGUACAGACAUAGGUUAACUUUGAACUCAUUGUCGUUUAUAAGACCUAGAAGACCCUUGUCAAGAUGUUCUUCAUUGGGAGAAGAUAGACUUCGACUCUACACAGCUUUGUUAACUUCACCAAAGCCUAAUCAAGAUGAUUUCGACUUUUGAGAACAAGGUGUGAAUUUGGGUGUGGAAGCUUGAACUUAGUAGUGGAAAACAAAUCAAGAGAAAUAUGUAGGCAUGGUUUAUGUUUAUUACUAUUUUGGUGUUAAUCGUGUAUAUUUUUUUUUAUAAGAAUCUAUCAAAUUCAUCGACAAAUGUUGAAUCAUUAGUUUUGA